AUGUGCUCUUUCGUACGAGUGGAGUCCCCCAAAGGAUUGGUGCCCCCGAAGGAAUUGAGAACUUCCCUCGAACCAGGAACAGGUUUCCCCUUAGAGAUGAGUGCCGUAGGAGGAAUGAGGGUAUCUGAAAGGAAAUCUCCCCUAAGCGUGGAGCUCGGUUUAACCCACGGAGAAAAGGACGAUUUAGGAGACAGGAGGGUCUUCAUGGGAACAAAAUCUCCCACGCAGUUGGGGUUCAGAGUGGGAUUAGGAAAAGAUUUCCCAUCGGGGGAGAGCCGUUUGGUCAGUAAUAAAUAUGAGGAAAGGAUGGCAUCAUCAGAAACAAAAUGUCCAUUGAACAAGGGGCUUGAAAUGAGAUUAAAGGGACAGAAUGUUUCUGGGACACUCAUGGGGAGGAGUAAUUUAGGAGUCAACAGGGCCUCAGCCUCACAGGAAACAAAACCUUCUCUGCGUAUGUUGCCAAAUAGAGUGAGUUUAGAAAAUGAGUGUCUUCUGACAGGGCUUUCUGGGAGGAUAACACGGCCUCCCUUGGACAUAGUAUGUGCAAGUCCACAGGCUCUAGGGAGCAGGAAAGAUCCUGUGGCUGGCACCCCUCAAGGGUUAGGGGCUUCAGUGGAGAAGCAGCCAGCUUUGGGUGUGGAACCUAGCCAGGAACUGGGAAAAGAGUCCACCUGUGAGGUGAUGAAGCCCAGUGCAGAGAUGAAGCCUUCCGUGGAGGUGGACACUGGGCUGCCCCAACCAGAGGAGUCAGAUGAAAUGAAUACCGAACCCCAAAUGGGCUUGGUGAUAGAACCUCCUGAGUGCCAGUUUGCCCAACAACCUGAAGAUAAAAAGGAGGCUGAAAACACUGAACCAGAAGUGGAACCUCCAGAUCGCAUCAGACCUAUCUACUCUGGGAAAUUUUUUGAUCGAAUGCCUUGCUGGCCAAGCGCAGGGAAAAUUAUUCCGAUUGGAGACCGAGUUGCAACCUGCUUGACUGAAAAACUUCCCAGGCCAAUCACUCCUCCUGAGGCAAAAAAAUUUUUCAACUUCAGAUAUCCGCCUGCUGGAGCUGAGAGAGUAUUUUAUGGAAGAGCAAAUGAUCCUCCAAUUGCACCUUAUUUGACACAUGGAAUAAGUUCUAAAACUUCAGUAUCGGCAAAGGUAUUGAUAAACCCAGAGCCUAUUACAACAUUUCAACAGAAAAUUAAAGAUAAAAAGGAAUCAAUAUAUUUUAGUAAUCAACGAGCACCAUUAGGAAAAUCUCAUGAUCAAUCGCCAGGAUUACCGAAAGGCCUGGAUGUACUCAAUACGACAUUUGGGACGACAGUCAUCAGAGAAAUACCUGCUAGCAUUGUGGUGAACCCACCAAAAUCCUAUGAACAAGUAUUUAAAGAAGGACAGGAAGGACACGACCUGUAUGUUGUUUCUCACAACGACUAUUACGUGGGAGAAGCAAAGAACCGAAAGUAUAACCCAUCCAGUUUCCAUAGGUUUAACCUGUAUGGGGUCCCAACACCACAUUGUAGUGACGGCCGCACCAUGGCAAAAACUACAUAUUGGCUGCAUGAACUACAAAUGAAAAGAGGAGCUAAGAUUGUAUCCAAGAGAGUUGAUGAUUUCAAAGAAAAGUUUCAACAUAAGCUUGGAAAAGUUUUAGAUCCCAUUGCGGAAACAAGGAACAUUCCCCCAGACCACACAUUUGGAGCCUGUAUCCGUCCUGAGGACUAUGGCGCUGAUGAUCUCAUCUACAAUAGACUCCCGGGUGAAUAUCGCCGAGGCAAGGAUAGGCAGCGAGCCCUGGUUGCAGCAGUUCGUCAUCGCCUGAAGAGCGUGAACUUCCAAAACUUUGACACUUUGCUGGCAGCCUUCAGGCACUAUGACAAGAAAGGAGAUGGGGUGAUAGAUAAAGCUGAGCUUCGAGAAGCUUGUGGUCAGGCCCACCUGCGCUUGGAUGAGAGGCUGUUGGACCUGCUAUUUGACUACUGCGAUGUGGAUAAUGACGGGCUGAUUAACUACCUGGAAUUUGCAAAUUUUCUUAACUGGAAAGAUAAAAUGCCUCUUAAAGAGUAUGAAGAGAGGGUUGUCAUUAAAGGUAGAAAGCCAGAUUGUUUAAACUCUGCUGAGGCUAAUGUCCAAGAAUCUGAACCAACUCUCCUGAUAAAGCCUGAAGAUAUUGUCUUAAGUGGGGACUCAGAAAAGACCCUCCGGACACUUCAGAGGCCUAGCGAUAAAGUUGCCAGUCAUCAUAAGACCUCUUCUUCUGAGAUUAAUGCGGUUGUAGGAGCUGUUCCUUCCAUUUGUUAUCCCAUCCACGGUGUUCCAACCAUUCGGUCUGAUAUUCCUGCCCCCCGAUUUCGCCGCAUCAGCGACAGAACUGACUAUGGUGAAGAGGGCAAUGCCUAUUCAUUACUACAUCCUAGCAUCUUUGGCCAGAAAGGAGUGUUUGAAAGAGACUUCUUCCAGAGCAGAUCCAAAAAAGAGAUUGCACAGAUACUAUGUAACAUCGGUGUCAAGCUUUCUGAUGAAGAAUUUGAGAAUGUAUGGAACCUUGCAUCCAAAAAACAUCGCAGAGGAGAAGUUUGUAUUGAGAACAUCAGAAAUGCCCUCGAUGAGCUGCAACAUGCAGACUGGAUCAAGCGUAAAACAACCAUGUGAUAUUUUUGGAGUUUAUUCACUUAAAUAAAAAAAUUGUUAAAUCUG